GUUUCCCAAGGCACCCUUAAGUAUCAAGGGUUGAGCCGCUGCUUUACGCCCGCGUAUCUCGUCGGGAGCGGCUGGCAGUUGAUCCGAUUGAUCCGGCCCGUCAUACUGGACCGUAUCGAGCAAUCCUGCAACACUGUACAACAAGCAACCCCUGCUCUUACCUAAACUACGCCUUACAACAUCCGCUCAUCAUAGGUAUACCGGCCACGCCAUAGCCUCCCUUACGACGACGACGGCGACGAUGGAUGCCCUCUCAGCCUUGCCGCCGGCCCAAUGGUGUCAGAUAUUUUUCGGGCUUUCAACAGCGGUAGUAUUGGCUAUCCAGGUAGUCCCAAAGACAACUCAGCGUCUUCUGCUCGACUACGGCGCCCGCUCGCCGGCUAAUACCACCGACACCGACGACCGGACGGAGGAGGCCACUGGUGCCAAUGGAUUGGACCUCUUCACCCAAGCCGCCAAAGCCGUGACGUCCUUUGGACAAAUUCCACACGCGUGGUUCAUGCACUUCUACGUCGCAUCCGUUGCAGGUUCGGCUUUCUGGGCAUGGCAAUAUAUUCAAAGCGGUUCAUUCAUGGCCAUUAUCUCAGCCCGGCAAGCGGCUUCGGGCGGUCCAUACGUGAGUUUCGAGCAAGCGGUUCUCGUCUGGACGUUGAUGGCGCUACAAGGCACGAGGAGAUUGUAUGAGUGUCUCUUUGUGAUGAGGCCGGGGUCUUCUAAAAUGUGGUUCGUUCAUUGGCUGCUUGGAUUGGGUUUCUAUCUCUGCAUGAGUGUAUCUGUCUGGGUUGACGGCUCAGGUGAGGACUGUCAUCAUCCACUUCCAGAUACACACUCACCUUUCCCAGCUGCCUUGAGGCAAGAAGCAAGACCGAAUUUGGAGGGCCUUCUGUCGCCUGGAGUCGUCGCUGGGACCGUCGCAUACCUCUGCGGAUGGUCUAAUCAGCAUAAAUGCCACAAACACCUGGCCAGCCUCAAGAAGUAUUCAUUGCCGGAGCGGGGCCUGUUUCGGUAUCUCAUCUGCCCUCAUUACACUUGCGAAUGCCUGAUCUAUUUGGGCCUUGCCAUGAUAGCCGCGCCAAAAGGCCACAUCGUCAACCGCACCCUCAUGGGUGCUUUGUGGUUCAUUGUCGCCAAUUUAGGCACCACGGCAGAUGGUACCAAGCAGUGGUACGUGCAGAAGUUUGGUGCUGAGAAGGUCGCCAGCAAAUGGAGGAUGAUACCCUUUGUCUUUUAGACACACUUGCGCCUCGAUUAUCACUUCUUUCCAAACAACCCAAACUUGGCUCCGAGUUUCGACACCUGCAUGACAUCCCGAUAUGUCAGACUCGUCCUGGUAGCGCGCGCGCUUCGGCCGGCGGGAAAGUCUUCCUGCGAGCGCAAGAGGUUCCAAUUCACGAUCGUCUCAGUAGACAACUCGACGUCCUCCUCGAUAUCGGCAAUGCCGUGGAGGUAAUC